AAAACACAUUACUUUUUACAGUCGACCUGUUCGUUACUCACCAUAGCGAGGAGCGUUUUCGCGUCGAGCGGAGAAUAAUUGACAAGACCCGUUGCUGGGCGCCUGGCUUUUACGUACAGUAUGUACGGAUGAGGAGUUGGGAAUCAGUGGUGGUUACACUUUUUUUUAAACCUUUUUUAAUUUUUCUAAUUUAGAUGGAUGGUUGAAUCUAUAUCAUGGAAGUAUGCUGGUUUUGGCACAUUUGGGAAGUGGACUGGGAAUGAAUGCGAAUAUUAUUGAUAGGGACACGUAUUUUUUAUUUCUAUUCUCAUGUCUCUAUUCCCCUGUCAGCACCGGGGGAGAGAGAAGGAAGGAAGGAUGAAAGGAACGCGUAAUUGGGGGGAGGAUACGUAUGCAGAGGUCCUCGCCCCAUCUUCCAUGCUGUGUAUGAUAUAGUAGCUGUCGUAGUUAGUCGUAGGCUUUUCGCCUCCCUCCCCGGGGAAAGAGGGAAAUAGAGUGUACUAGGCUUUGCAUUAUACCGGUACUGUACCUGAUCCCAGGCCUACCUUCCGGAGGUCCACACACCCAUAUCAUACAUAUAGUACAUACUCGAGUACAUGCAUACAUACCGGUACCGGUAUUGUAUGAGUAUGAUACGAGUACUCGAGUACUGGUGCGAGUGCGUGCGUCCAUCAUUCCAUCUACUUGUAUCUUACCGGUGGUACUCGUAUCGUCCCUCCUCUCACACACACGCACCCUCUCUCCCUCUCCUACCGUACACCCACACACUCGCACGGGUCCUUUCUUUUCUUCUUUUCUUCUUUUUCAUUUCCAACCACCUCCACCCGGAGCGAGCGGAGGCUGUUCGACUGCACAGAUGCUUUUUCGAGAUGUGGUUGGACGUCGCUGCUAUAUCUUGGCUGGCCUUCCCACCGCUCUUACUACUACCGGCACCCCAGCAACGGCGGCGGCGACCAUAGCCACAACCCCCACCCCCACCUCGUCCAUUGUGCGUUUAAGGACACGCGCUCGCAUUCUACUUUCUGCUUUCCCUCCCUUCCAUAGCUCUCAUCCUUCUACUCGUCUGCACACCCUCGCUACCGGUACCGGUACUCAUCACUUUAGAAUCGCCAGGAAAAACAUAUUCAAGCUGGCGUUGGCACAGCAACAGCGCGACCACAUUGGUCAUUCACAUCCCCAUUCUCACGGCCCCGGGGGACACCACCACCAUCAUGACAAUACAUACUUGGUCUCCAAGAACAAGACUGAUGCCGGAGUGAGGAUUACCAGGAUUGGGCUCUAUGUGAACCUCAUGAUGGCCGUGUCGAAGGGGAUUGGAGGGUGGUAUUUUAACUCGCAAGCUUUGGUGGCGGAUGCUUUCCACGCCCUGACCGAUUUGGUGUCGGAUUUUAUGACACUGGGAACUGUGGCCUUUGCGCUCAGGAGUCCGACGGAGAAGUUUCCGAAUGGCUAUGGGAAGAUUGAGAGUUUGGGGAGUUUGGGGGUUAGUAGUUUGUUGUUGUUUGGUGGGAUUGCUAUGGGAUACACUGCGUUGAUCCAUCUUUAUGCCGAGUUCUUUGGUGGAAAUCUACCCGAGUUCUUGGAACACGUUCAUGGUCAUUCGCACUCCCACUCGCACUCCGACUUGGGACCGAAUGUGAAUGCUGCUUGGUUGGCUGCUGGCUCAAUUGUCGUCAAGGAAUGGCUCUACCGUUCAACCAUGAAGAUCGCAAAGGAGAGGAAAUCCUCGGUCCUUGCUUCUAACGCAAUCCAUCAUCGCAUCGAUUCGCUCACUUCCAUCGUCGCCCUCAUCGCCAUAGGCGGAGCCCACUUUCUCCAGAACGCAUCGUACCUGGACCCAGUCGGUGGAUUGAUUGUCUCGCUCAUGGUCAUCAAUGCCGGUUGGGGCAAUACCCGUGCUGCACUCAUGGAAUUGGUGGACGUGGGCCUUGACCACGAAAUCAAAGAGGCUGUACGGAAUGCCUCUGACAAAGCACUCGCGCUCCGUCAGGAGCGACUCAGCAUCCGCGCAGUCGGCGGUUCAAAGUCCGGACAGAACUACCUUGUCGAGCUAACCGUGGAAGUCCCCGUCGGUACCACCGUCCGUGCAACCAGAGCCCUGGAGGAAGUCCUGCGCGGGGUCGUCGGUGCCGAAGUCAGAGGUGUCAAAAGGAUCAAAAUACGCUUUGUGGAAGAGGGCACCGAGAUACCAAAUGAGUUUGUCUUCAAGGAGGAGAAUGUAUCUAGCCAGGUUGAGGGACAUAGUCAUGAUCAUUAGAUUUGGGGGGGGGGGGAAGAACAUUGGUGGGUGAUUUGCUUUUGCUCUUCAUUUUUUCCUUUUCCUUUCAAUGUGUGUUCUUAAGACUGGUGUGAAUAGCUGGAUCUUUAUCCCUUUUUCUUGCUUUACUUUUCCUACUGUCUUGACAUUUGAGCUAGUGUUAGAGUUAGAUAGCUUGAAGUACGGUGCUUUGCUUGAAGGGUUGGUCUCUCUUUUUACUUUUUACUUUUUUCGCAGUUUGGUCGGCGUUGGGGUUUGCUCUUGAUCGAGUAGAGAGGUUUGAAAUUCUUGGUACUGUACGCCUCAAAUUGAGAACACAACAUACCGCACGAAUACAGGUGUAUUACUUUGAAA